UGCUUAUCUUAGACUCAAGUGUAAUAUAAUUGGCUUUUAUCUUCCAGGCCUCUGCAUAGAGAUAUUGGUUGUCUAUCCUCUUGGAAAUUGCCUCCAUAGAGCUUAGACGGUCAUAUAUCUGUUUUGUCCUUUCUAUCAACUUGGUUCGGGUUCUUAGUCGUACUUCAACUGUGAGGAUGGCUAUCUCUGAUUGAUCAUCAGGGGGUUCCUUCCGCAGUUUCGCUCCGUAUUUCUGUGUGCGCUCAUCAAAGUUGCUUUGAUGGGUAUUGAUGUUGAAGAAGACGAUUCAUAUACUAAGCCCCUAGGAAGAUGGCCAGUUUUCUAUUAUGGCAUAGGACACAUGCUUAAUGACAUAACUGCUGCUUGUUGGUUUACCUAUCUGUUAUUGUUCUUAACGGAUAUUGGAUUUUCACCAAGCAAUGCAGCUAUUGUGAUGCUUUCUGGUCAAGUGGCUGAUGGAUUUUUUACCGUCUUCGCUGGUGAACUGAUGGACAGAUUUGGACAUUUCAAGAUAUGGCAUGGCGCAGGAUCUCUGCUGGUGGCUGUUUCAUUUUCUUCUGUUUUUGGGGGCUGUCUACCGUGCAAAAUCUUUGGCUCCAGUUCGUCAUUAUUUCAAACUGUGAAUUACAGUGUGUUUGCUGCAAUCUUCAAUGUGGGUUGGGCUGCUACUCAGGUGUCCCACAUGUCCAUGAUUAGUUGCAUCACUCUAAACUCUUCAAGCAGGGUGGCUUUGGCUAGUUGUCGUAAUGCAUUUACCAUGGUUGCGAAUCUCAGCUUGUAUGUAAUUGCAUUCAUAGUAUUCAAUGUCAACGUUGUAAGAACCUACGUUGACGUUGAGAAUGAGUACCGCUGGAUUGCAUAUUUGUCAAUUUUUAUUGGAUGCUGCUUUGUGGGCAUAUUUCUUAUUGCAACCAAAGAGCCCAGGUUGAAGGUUGGGGUACAAGGAAAGGUUCACGCAAGAAUUUCUUGGGUUUAUUGGUUUAAGAGAGUUUUGUAUUAUCAGGUUGCUCUUGUUUAUGUUCUCACAAGAUUAAUUGUCAAUGUGUCGCAGGCAUACCUUGCAUUCUUCGUUAUCAAUGAUCUACAAAUGGGCCAAUCAGCCAAAGCUUUGGUUCCUGCUAUCAUCUACAUCUGCAGCUUCAUCGUAUCUAUACUUUUACAGGAGAUUGCAUGGACUGGCCCACGUCUUAAGGCCUAUUUCUCUGCUGGAGGCAUUCUUUGGAUACUUUGUGGUGUUGUGGUUCUUCUUUUGCCCAGACAUAUGAGCUAUGCCAUGUAUAUAGCAUCAGUAUUUAUUGGCAUAGCAAAUGCAUUGAUGAUGGUGACUGGAGUAAGCAUGCAAAAUGUUCUCAUUGGAGAGGAUCUUAAUGGCUGUGCAUUUGUUUGUGGAUCACUGAGCUUCUUGGACAAAAUUUCAUGUGGCAUUGCUUUAUAUAUUCUUCAGUCUUAUCAAAAUACCUCCCAUCAACUCCAUGGAACACAAUUCCCCAUGUCAAUCACAAGAUUUGGUUUGGGACUAUUUCCAGCAAUUUGUUCGCUAGCUGGGGUUUUAGUCACCGUCACUAUGGAUCUUCACCCUCGUCCCAAGCCUUUGUUGGAGCCAUUAUUAGAGUAGUCCUUCAAUGCCCGUGAAGAUUGGAAAGUCAUUCUGCUUCACUUCUCUGAUAUAUCAGGUUGUGCAAAAGGCACUAUACAUUGAAGUCCUCAAGAAGUUCUUCAUUAUUUUCUAGCAAGAUAUUUACAUCUAUUAAGCCUCCACUAAUUCAUCUGAAAAAUAUGAAUGUAAAUAUGUAAAGCCUCCAAAUUUCAUUCAAAGGAAAGUUCUUUCUCAGUUUCGUGUAGACACAGUUUGAACUUUGCAGGGCUGAAAUAUAAAAAAUAGUGACAGGAAGCUUGUAAUAUUUUGACAUUCAGCACCAAACUGAAAUCUUAAGGAAGGGAGAAAGAUGAUUUCUCUGCAUUUUCUGGGUUAUUUUAAGCAGAAAGUUAUAGUUCUGAUAGACAAUCUUACUGGUUAAGUUUUAUGAUACAGAACUCUUGGUUUGUGUUGUGGGUAUGUAAAGUGAUAAACAAGGUAAAUUAAUGGGUAUUGAUGAUUCUUCAU